AUGUCAAAAGAGAGUACACGAGUCACUGUUAAUCGCGGUUUGACAGCCUCUGGCGAAUGUACACAAGCAUCGGAAGGGACAAACGAUGAGCUAGACAGGGAAUCAUCUGUAUCAGAGAGUAGAAAUGAUGAAGAGAGCCAAGAAAAAUUGUCCCGACGCCGAUUUCCCAAGCUGGGUAUGGGUAUAUGGCUUGAUUUGAGGGAUAGAGUACCGUAUUACAGGUCAGAUUGGGUAGAUGCAUUUAAUUACAGAGUCAUUCCUUCCAUUGUGGAUACCUACUUUAACAACCUGUUACCUGCAAUAGCUUUUGCGCAAGAUAUGUUUGACAGAACUGACAAUUCGUAUGGUGUGAACGAAGUACUUUUAUCCAGUGCAAUGGCCGGUAUUGUGUUUGGAGUCCUCGCUGGACAACCCUUGUGUAUAGUGGGUGUUACCGGCCCCAUUUCCAUCUUUAAUUAUACGGUCUACGAAAUUAUAAAGCCUUUGAAUAGUAGCUUUUUUGGGUUCAUGUUCUGGAUUUGUAUGUGGUCUAUGAUCUUUCAUUUAGUCCUAGCGUUUACUAACGCCGUCUGCCUCUUACAAUACGUGACUACGUUUCCCUGUGACAUAUUUGGGUUAUUUAUCAAUGUAGUUUACAUUCAAAAGGGAAUACAGAUACUGACGAGACAAUUCAAUGCCACAUCAGGGGAUAAAUCGGUACAAGACGGAUUUGCUAGCGUUGUGGUGGCGUUGGUUAUGACUGCAUUUGGGCUUUUCUUCAAAUCAUUUCAUCACUACCCUCUAUUCACUCAUAGGAUCAGAACAUUCAUAUCAGAUUAUUCAACUGCACUUUCAGUGCUAUUCUGGUCAUCAUUUACACAUUUUGGUGGUUACUUAAAUGAUGUAAAAUUUAAAAAAUUACCUAUCACGAAAUCUUUUUUCCCUACUUCUAAGUUUAAUAGGCCUCAAAAUACUUGGUUGGCAUAUGAAUCGAUUCCUGUCAAAGACGUUUUCAUUGCUCUACCGUUCGGUAUAAUCUUAACGAUUUUGUUUUACUUUGAUCAUAACGUAUCAUCAUUAAUGGCACAGAGGCAUCAGUAUAAACUGAAAAAACCGUCCUCUUUCCAUUACGAUUUCGCAUUAUUGGGGCUUACCACUUGCAUCAGUGGGGUUCUAGGGAUCCCAGCGCCCAAUGGGUUGAUUCCUCAAGCGCCAUUGCAUACGGAGACGCUGCUAGUUCGGGAUUCAAAUCAAAAGGUUAUCAGUUGCGUGGAGCAAAGGUUCACAAAUACGUUUCAGGGCUUGAUGAUUUUGGGGACGAUGACAAGGCCAUUAUUGGUAUGCUUAGGAGAAAUCCCUCAGGCGGUACUUUCAGGACUGUUUUUCAUAAUGGGCAUUAAUGGCCUGAUGACAAAUGCUAUUAUACAUCGGUUGAUUUUCCUAUUUUCGGACCCUACAAGAAGGAACAAUACUUCACCUUUAUCGAAAGUAUCCAAGAAGUCAUUGCUAAUAUUUCUUUGCUUUAGUCUAACGGGGUUUGCUGGUGAAUUUGCUAUUACAAAUACUAUAGCGGCCAUCGGAUUUCCCUUAGUGUUACUUUUAAGUGUUCUAGUAUCUUUCUCGUUCACUUAUAUUUUCCCGACUGAAGAAUUAAAGAUUCUCGAUACCAAUGUGGCACAAAAAUUUACCAUUAAAAAUCUGCUAUUGGAAAAUAUACGUGAUGCAAAGUUCAGUGAUAAGCAUAAAGACUAA